UCUUUCUUAUGUUUGCUGCUUUUGGACUUUCAGCUAGGCCAUGGAGCCUCAGGCCCAGUGGUCCUGUCUGUUCAGGCAGCCAAAAGCGUUCUCAAGAGACACAAACGCUAUAACACUGGUGUGCUUGAGGAGUGGCUGAAAGGCAACUUGGAGAGAGAGUGUAUAGAGGAAACAUGUGACCUGGAAGAGGCCAGAGAGAUCUUUGAGAAUGAUGAAAAGACAAUGGAGUUCUGGGCAGGCUAUGUAGAUGGCAAUCAGUGUAAGCCAAACCCUUGUCUGAACAAGGGGUCAUGCAAAGACCACAUUGGCUACUACACCUGCUCAUGUCUGUCUGGCUUCACCGGCAGGAACUGUGAGAUCAUUAUAGCAAAAAGGUGUGAUGUGAACAAUGGAGACUGUAUGCACUUCUGUGAAUCAAUGGAAACUUUUGGAGCACAAUGCUCCUGUGCAAUUGGAUACACACUGAUGCAGGACGGGCUUAGCUGUGAACCAGAAGAUGAAUUCCCAUGUGGCAGAACCGCCCUGACAGUGGUAAGCAAGGUGUCCAGAAGUUCUCUGCUCGGCCAUCUGCAGAACUCCACCUCACUGAACACCACUACAUCCUCCCCCUCACCUCCAGCGAGUACCACGGGCUCUUUUCCAGACUAUGACUAUGACUACGACUACGACUACAACAACAAAUCUGUAGUAAACCAAACCCAAAAGAAAUUGCCCCUGUGGGUGUACAAUGACACUGAGGUCCCCAGUGAGGAGCCACCUAGGCCUUUUAAACGCAUUGUGGGUGGUGUGGUGGUCAUUCCAGGAGAGAUCCCAUGGCAGGUAGCCUUGAUACAGCAUCCCAGUGGUCACUUGUUCUGUGGUGGCUCCAUUCUCAGCGAACGCUGGGUUAUCACUGCUGCUCAUUGCUUGGUGGAAGCACAAGGCUCCUUCUUCAUCCGAGCGGGGGAGCAUAACAUCUACAUCAACGAGGGUACAGAGCAGGAUCGUGAGGUUUUGAAGCGCCACAUACACCCACGCUACAAUGCCAGUGUAAGCUUGUACAACAAUGACAUUGCCCUGCUGUACCUCAAAAGCCCUCUCACAUUCUCCAAAAUAGUCCGACCCAUCUGCAUAGGGCCCCAGGCUUUCACUGAGGCCCUAAUGAAGGAGUCUUCCCCGGCUACGGUCAGCGGCUGGGGCCGAACACGCUUCCUUGGAUCAACAGCUAAAACUUUGCAGAAAGUCACGGUUCCCUUCACAGAUCGGACACAGUGUAAGCACACCAGCAGUGCCAGGAUCACUCCUGUCAUGUUUUGUGCAGGAUACUAUAAUGAGGCCAAAGAUGCCUGUCAGGGGGACAGUGGAGGUCCUCACGCAAACAGUAUUCAUGACACAUGGUUCCUGACAGGCAUUGUGAGCUGGGGGGAAGACUGUGCGAAAGAAGGGAAAUAUGGUGUGUACACGCGGGUGUCCCUUUAUUACCGCUGGAUAAACCAGAUGAUGGGAUUAACCAAACACAAGAUGGCAUUUGAUGUGGAAGACCCUGACCCUUAAAUUUUAAGAUUGUGGAUUUAAAAAUGGUCUACAAAUGUGUUGCAUUUCAAAUAAAGUCCCUUCAGUAUAUUUAAAAAUCUUUUAAAAUGCUUUGAAUUGUGUGUUAAAGGAAUUUGACAUGCAAGCCAACCAUCUCAUGGUAAAACACAUACGUUUAAAUUCUGCAACAUCCAAUAACCUGUCAGUGGCCUAUAAGCUACGGCUUCUGGAUGCCAUUAUACUGAAAGUAUGUGUGGUUAAGAAAGCGAUUCAAUAUGUAACAAAUAUGUGGGAAAAAAACAUA